GCGCGCACGCGCACUGUAAGGCAAUGGCGGUCUGUAGAGACUGGCGGAAGUUAGGUUUGCAAUAUGGCGGCCGAGGCAGACGGAGUGUUCAAACGGGCGCUAGUACCGAUUCUUUUACCUGAGAAAUGCUACGACCAACUUUUCGUCCAGUGGGACUUGCUUCACGUCCCCUGCCUCAAGAUUCUGCUCAGCAAAGGCCUGGGGCUGGGCAUUGUGGCUGGAUCACUUCUAGUAAAGCUGCCCCAAGUGUUUAAAAUCCUGGGAGCCAAGAGUGCCGAAGGGCUGAGUCUCCAGUCAGUAAUGCUGGAGUUAGUGGCAUUGACUGGGACCAUGGUCUACAGCAUCACCAACAAAUUCCCAUUCAGCUCUUGGGGUGAAGCCCUGUUCCUGAUGCUCCAGACAAUCACCAUCUGCUUCCUGGUCAUGCACUACAGAGGACAGACUGUAAAAGGUGUCGCUUUCCUAGCCUGCUACGCCCUGGUCCUGCUGGUGCUGCUUUCACCUCUGACACCCUUGGCUGUAGUCGCCCUGCUCCAGGCCUCCAACAUGCCUGCUGUGGUGGUAGGGAGGCUGCUCCAGGCAGCCACCAACUACCGCAAUGGGCACACGGGUCAGCUCUCAGCCAUCACAGUCUUUCUGUUGUUUGGGGGCUCCCUGGCCCGAAUCUUCACUUCCAUUCAGGAAACUGGAGACCUGCUCCUGGCUGGAACCUUUGUUGUCUCCUCCCUCUGCAAUGGCCUCAUUGCUGCCCAGCUCCUCUUCUACUGGAAUGCAAAGCCUGCCCACAAACAGAAAAAGGUGCAAUAGGGCUGAGCCAGCUACUGGAGUCAUUCCGUGUUUCCAUUUGCCCAUCCAACCUCAGGGUCCUCCCCAUCUGAGCCAGUCUGCUGGUGUGACUUAAUCAUCCUCCAUUCCUCUGCAAUUGCACCUUGAGCCAGGGUUUGCUUUUAGUGAAAAUGGAUAGUUGGUGGACCCA